CUCUUUUUGUUUUCGCACCCUUCGCCUCCGGAAAUGGUGUUCUUCCAGAGAUUCACAUCACUCUGACUUCUUUCCAUUUUCUUUCUUUCUCUCUAUCUCCGAUCAAUCUUCUUGAUUUCUUCUUCUCUCGUACAUCACUUUUCUUCAAUUUUCCAUUCACAUUCAUUCAUCUCAACGAUUCCUUCAUGAUCGACGAACGAUGAUCGCGCACACUGUGCACCACGCACGAAACUCCGCUCCUUCAUCAUCCAAAUUCCACUUCCGCAUUUUGAUUCUUUGAUUUUCCGCGCCAAAAUUCAGAUUAUAAGGUGAAGUAUUAGAAAAAAUGUCUACUCAUGGUGGUAAUAAUGCGGAAUCGCCGAGAGCAGCACAAUCGGUGCAGAUGCGGAGAGCACCGUCAAGAGGUGCGGCGACGACAUUCUCGUUGGAGGUAUUCGAUAACGAAGUCGUGCCUUCUUCACUCGCUACAAUCUCUCCGAUACUCAGAGUCGCGAGCGAGAUCGAAUCAGAGCGUCCUAGAGUUGCUUAUCUAUGUAGGUUUUACGCAUUCGAGAAAGCGCACAGGCUGGAUCAAAGUUCCACCGGGCGUGGUGUUAGGCAGUUUAAGACGUUGUUGCUGCAAAGAUUGGAGAGGGACAAUGCAACUAGUCUUGCCUCUCGAGUUAAGAAGACAGAUGCAAGGGAAAUCCAGGCUUAUUAUCAACAAUACUAUCAACAAUAUGUCAGAGCUCUUGACCAAGCGGAUCAAGAAGACAGUACCCAGCUCAGCAAAGCUUACCAGACUGCUGGGGUGCUCUUUGAAGUGCUUUGUGCUGUUAAUAAGACUGAGAAGGUCGAAGAAGUAGCUCCUGAGAUUAUGGCAGCUGCUAAAGAUGUCCAGGAAAAAACGGAGAUUUAUAUACCUUAUAAUAUUCUUCCUCUGGAUUCUGCUGGUGCUUCUCUGCCCAUUAUGCAGUUUGAAGAGAUUAGGGCUGCUGUUUCUGCGCUCUGGAACACUCGUGGCUUGAACUGGCCUAACUCAUUUGAGCAACCGAGGCAGAGAGGUGCAGAUUUAGACAUGCUUGAUUGGCUUAGAGCAAUGUUUGGUUUCCAGAAGGACAGCGUGAGGAAUCAAAGAGAACAUUUGAUUCUGCUUCUAGCUAACUCUCACAUAAGGCUACACCCAAAACCCGAGCCUUUUAACAAGCUCGAUGACCGUGCUGUUGAUUUUGUGAUGAAAGUUCUCUUUAAGAAUUACAAAACAUGGUGCAAAUUCUUGGGACGAAAGCAUAGUUUGCGACUGCCUCAAGGUCAACCAGACAUACAGCAGAGGAAGUUGCUUUAUAUGGGCUUGUAUCUUCUCAUUUGGGGUGAAGCAUCCAAUGUCCGCUUCAUGCCAGAGUGUCUAUGCUAUAUAUUUCACAAUAUGGCAUAUGAACUGCAUGGUUUAUUGGCUGGAAAUGUCAGCAUUGUCACUGGCGAAAAUAUCAAGCCUUCUUAUGGCGGAGAUGAUGAGGCAUUCCUACGAAAGGUUAUCACACCCAUAUACCGAGUAAUUGAAAAGGAAGCUAAGAAGAGCAGUAAUGGAAAAGCUUCUCACUCAGCAUGGUGCAACUAUGAUGAUCUAAAUGAGUAUUUCUGGACACUUGAUUGCUUUUCUCUUGGAUGGCCCAUGCGUGAUGAUGGCGAUUUUUUUAUAUCUGACCCACAAUCUUCCGGCAAAACUAUUGGUUUUGAUGUAAAAUUGAUAGAUGUGAACCGAACUUGUAAAGUUACAAAGGGAGGACAAGUUGUCAAGUACACUGCUAUGUUAGCAUGUGGCAACUAUAAUGGUGUUGUUGGUUUUGCAAAAGCCAAAGGCCCUGCAGUUCCAGUUGCCCUCCAAAAGGCAUAUGAGAAGUGCUUUCAGAAUUUGCAUUAUGUAGAGCGACAUGAGGAGCACACAAUUGCACAUGCAAUACAAACAUCUUAUAAAAAAACCAAGGUGUAUCUCUGGCCUGCUUCCACUGCAACUGGCAUGAAAGCUGGUAGAAUAGUCCAAACCAUACUGCAUUUAGGUGGUUUUAAGAAUGUCAAGUCAAAGGUUGUUGGUUCAAGAAAUCCUCAUAAUACAGUUAAGGCUGUCUUCAAAGCGCUUAAUGCGAUUGAAACGCCAAGGGAUGUCCAAGAGAAGUUUGGCCGAACUGUGGUUGAGAAGUAUUUGUUGUGAUGUCCUGAGUUUAUUGCUUCUGGUUGUUUUCCAUUGAAUAUAUUUUUGUCUUUUCCAUGUCUACUUGUCGAGAAGAAUUGCUAGACAGUUUCUCGAAUGCAUUUGCUUGUGAACAUUAGGUAUGGAGUUUUGCCAAUACUUUUCAUUCAUUAAUGCAAAGGGAACAGUAGUUUAGGAACACUCUCUUUGCUUUAUGCAGAAGGAACAAUAAUUUAGGAACACACACUCUCUUUGCUUUA